CACUCUUUGAUGCAGAAGCAUCUCUGGGCAUGGGAACGAUGCCAGUUCCGCACUCACCGCGUUACCGUUGCCCGUGCCCUCGCCGACCAGGUGAAUCAAACCGCCUGGCCACACAUGUCUGUCCAAGACUGCCGACAGACCUACACCUCUCUCCUGCCACACUACAAUCUUGCCGGCAAGGACUCUCCUCACCUCGACGAUGCCGACUUCCCAGCCGUCGACGCUCACUUCAGCCGACUCAUCAACGAUAUCUUCUCGAUCAUCGACGAGUAUGGAGAUGACGACUUUCCUGCUUCCGCCUACUUCCGUCCAGAUUCAUCGAUCCUCCCGAAAGGACGUGAAGCGAGACCAACCAAAUCAAAAUGCAUCGUCGACAUGUCUGCUCUGCAAGCGGUCUUCAACAUGCCGAACGUCUUCAGCAAGUCGAAGUCCGGACACAAACGACAUGCGAUGGGUGGUUCGCUGCCGCUGAACUUCCUACGACAGGCCGAGGGGGAAUCUACCGCCGAGCAAAGUCGUCCCAUCUCGACUGCAGGGUCAUGGUUGAGGAACUCGAAGAUGACGAAGAUGAAUGCUUGAGUCUGACACUGUUUCUUUUGCUGUUUCUUUAGCGAUGUUUACUGCGACGCAAUAGAUGGACCGGCUGGCUGGCUAGCCGCCUUGGCACCUUGUUUUUCUUUUGUACGAGAUGGAUGAUAUACCCAGGUAGAACGGCGUUGAUUUUAGAGAUACCACUCCGCAUUUGGGAGACGAAUAUGCUGUAAGCUAUUGUACCAUCAUCAUCAUAUCAAGUCGAUAUUGUCUGG